AUGAAGAACAUGUCUUAUAUCAGUGACCUUAUACUGGAAGAACUAGGACACUCUGAAUCAUUCACAGAUGUUGUAUUUUACACUCUGCUCUUUGUUUAUAUUACACUGCUAAUAACCAAUUUUGGUGUUCUUGUUCUCAUCAUUAGAGAGAAUAGCUUACACCAACCGAUGUACUUGCUAUUUUGCAAUUUGUCAGUGAAUGAUGUCCUUGGUAAUACAAUCAUAUUACCUCAUUUGUUAUUUGACAUGAUUGACAUGGUAAUCUCUUAUAAUGCAUGUGUUUCACAGGUAUUUUUCAGCCAUACUUAUGGCUCAGCAUCACACACCAUUCUAAUCAUAAUGGCUAUUGAUAGGUAUGUGGCUAUAUGCAAUCCAUUGCGAUACAAUGCAAUAAUGACAGUUAAGUCAGUUGCACUCUUGUCUGUGUCUGCCUGGGGUGUUUCAGUUGUAUUAGUCGGUGUGUUAGUGAGCCUCACUCUCAGGUUGUCCCAUUGUAGGUCAGUUAUUCCGAAUUUUUAUUGUGACAAUGCCUCCUUGUUCAAGUUAUCUUGUGAAGAUGUGUCUAUUAAUAAUAUCUAUGGACUGUUCUACACUGUGGUGCUAUUUUCCUCCUCAAAGGGUACUGUCGCUGUCACUUACAUUAGAAUUGCUGUUGUAUGCGUGACUAAGAAAAAUGCAGAACUUAACAACAAAGCCAUCCAAACAUGUGCAAGUCAUUUAGUCUUGUAUCUGAUAAUGUUACUGACAGGAUACAUUGUGAUCAUCAUGCAUCGGUUUCCAGAACACAGAUUUUUAAGAAAACUCAUUGCUAUUGGUUUCCAUGUUGUACCUGCCCAUUUAAAUCCAAUUAUUUAUGGCCUAAAGACUAAACAUUUAAGUCAGAAAAUUGUGAAAAUAUGCCGGAGUUCGCGUCGUAUCUCUUCUUUUCACCUCUGA